AGGGACUACCCAUUAACUAUAACUAUAUCUAUAUCUCGCUCCAUUCUCGAUUUUGUUACCGUGCCGAAAGGUUGUGUUAUUUUCAACCAGAUCUUAGAUCGACCCGAGUCAUCCAAAGCGGAAGUCCAUUUUAUUCUAUAUCCAACAGGUUAAAAUGCCCCAACUACAGAAGCCCGCACCCGAAUUCGCCGGCACCGCCGUGGUCAAUGGCGUGUUCAAGGACAUCAAACUGAGCGACUACAAGGGCAAGUACCUGGUUCUGUUCUUCUAUCCACUGGACUUCACUUUUGUGUGCCCCACGGAGAUCAUUGCCUUCUCGGAGAAUGCUCCCGAGUUCCGCAAGAUCAACUGCGAGGUGAUUGGCUGCUCCACGGACAGCCAGUUCACCCAUCUGGCCUGGAUCAACACCGCCCGUAAGCAGGGCGGUCUGGGCAACAUGGACAUCCCGCUGCUGGCUGACAAGUCGAUGAAGGUGGCCCGCGAUUAUGGUGUUCUGGAUGAGGAGACUGGUAUUCCCUUCCGUGGCCUCUUCAUCAUCGACGACAAGCAGAACUUGCGUCAAAUCACCAUCAACGAUCUUCCCGUUGGCCGCAGCGUGGAGGAGACUCUGCGCCUCGUCCAGGCCUUCCAGUAUACGGACAAGUACGGAGAGGUGUGCCCAGCCAACUGGAAGCCCGGCCAGAAGACCAUGGUGGCCGACCCCACCAAGUCCAAGGAGUACUUUGCCACCACAUCCUAAGAAGCUAAUCAUCUGUGUGGGCGCUGGGCCAGUGCGGUGCUGUGGCCCUGGCGAGUCCAGGACGAUUCGAAUCGCAUUGCACAGACACACACACAUUUGAAUACCUUAAAUAUAAUAUAAUGAAACCCAAAACCCUAGAGCUAGUUCGUCAUCCAUAUACGAGAGUUGUAUGCAUAUUAUUAUGAUUUGUGAACAAAAACUGUGAAAUAAUUGCUUAUUUCUCCACCCCCUGCAUUACAAUACCAACACAACACCACAAACAAACACACACACAUUACCUAA